AUGGAGCUUGAUGAACCGUCUUUUAGAUCGGAUCUACAGUGUUCGAAAUUAUGCUCUCAGGUAUGUACGGGAAUAUUAGUCCAUAGAUCAGACUUUUUAAUGUUUUUUUCAAAUUCCCCCUCCUUGUUGGUAGUACGCAUUGCUUGAUCUUUUCUUUUAUUGUUCGUCCGUGAAAAUUCCUCACUCACCCUGAUUUAGCCCCUACGGUUGGUCUGCGGAUAGUUUUGAAAGUAACUGACUAUUGCCAAUAGUGCUCGAAGUCACAGUCCGGCCAACAUUCUCCCUACGCGAUCGACGUCGAUGGCGUCAAGGACCAGUCCGGUCGCUAGCCGCACACAACACGCGAAUCUGAGCCGUCAUUAAUGGGUUAUAAAGAGACUAGUAUUAUUUUCCCAGUGACGCCUCACAAUGACCAACGUUAUGCGAGAUAUAGAUCCGCAUAAGUUACUCAAAAAAUCAUCCUCUUGCACGAGCUGACCCUAAUUUAAGACUGAUAAACUCUCCAGUUGCUGUGCUAGCCGUGCGCUGCCUUGUCUUUUGUCCCCGCAAUAUUCGUCGUUAGAAACGAAUUUAGGUGUUUGAGGCUGUGACCACGGCGUUCCUGCCGUCAGAAUAGGUCUUUUUGUGCUGCCGACUUGAGGCGGUUCGGAGUGUUCUACAGCUUACCGGUAUUUCUAGAAAGCACUGCGGUAUCGUAUCACGUCCUACAGCACAAGAGCGAGACCCACCUGCCGGGGUACGGGUUACCGAUGCUUUAAAAUUUCGCCGUCUCAAAUAUUUCGGGUACCCACUCUGUCCAUUCAAAGAACUGUACAGUCUCGACAUCAUCUAGGGAAUUUUGCUGACCAAUUUAGAAAAGUAGGCAGAUAGUCAGAUCUAAGGACGAUGUCGGGCGUGCGAAUGGACCCCCAACUCCGCCCUUGAUUUUGAAGUUCUGGCUGACGAGUUCAAGGCAUGGUCCGCACUAAUUUGUGAUGCUAGGGACUUGAAGGCUGUCUAAAACCACACAUGAAUAGUCGACGGUUCCAAAUUUUACAAUUAUGCCACUGACUAGAUUCCACCAGUCUUUGGAAACCCCUUCGGGUAUGUUCACUAGGUAAUGCGUGCAAAUCACGGAUCCUGGUUGAGUCAGCGCUGUUUCGGCGACUGUCUCCUUCCGUGGUGGCGUUUAUGAUCACAAAUUUCUCUGACUCGACGUUGCAGGUUCUCGACGUCACGAAUGGCCGCCUUCCACUGCAGUUAGUUGGCGACAGAAUUCCUUAGACAGUUGAGCAAGUUGACAUGCAGAUUUUUCAGUCCCGAGACCCCAGGCGCAGAGCCUGCUUUCAUCAUGUCCAUCCUGUUCAUCGAUUAGCACUCUCGACACUGUUUCGAACCGGGACCGCGUUUGAGCUGGAUGACUCUCUACAAAUAAUAAGCCUUCAGAAUGACGAAGCAUAUAAGCACCGUCUAGAUCGACAGGUGAGGCGAGUGCAGAUGACGGAUUACUCGUUAGCCUAGCUGCUGACAAUUCCGCGCGUCCAUAUGUGACGGAUAGCGGAAUGCCCUUCAGCGGAGGUUACCUGACGAAAUAUCGGUCGUGAAUCAGCAGAGACAAUGCUGCCAGGUUAGGGGGACCGAAGCAUGGCGUGUCUACCGGCUCAUACGAUAGCACAAAGCCCGAUGACAGCACUUUUGCAGUGACCAUGAACCGUCAAGCAUGUCAUCUGUUUACCACUGCUGUGUACUUAAACUUUUUAUCCAAGGCGUUAGAAAAGGCAAUCUUAGAAAAUCCAAGAAACCUCAUAGUGUCCGAUUACCACAUCAUCGGAACUGGCUAAAUCAAGCGUGAUCAAAGCUGUACAAAGUGCUCAUAAAUAUAAGCAUAUACAUAACUGCCCAUCAGAGGCGCCACUGAAUAGAUCAAUUCGACACCUUAACGCAAACACUCGUUACUCAUAGCUUUGUCCUUUGACUAAUAUAAUAUUGAUUCCAGAGUCUUUUGCGUACUCGAAUAAAUGCCGCGCAUGCAUAAUAAAUCCGAAGUAGGUUUCAUUUCUGUCUUGCUCGCCUGGCCGAAUGUUCCACCUAAGGUAGCGGGGAGGCCGUCAUCCAGCUGAAGAACCACUCAUUCUGCCAUGACUAGUCAGAUACUUUCGUCCACAGAACACGAGGUGGUCGUAUUUCUCUUGGUGGAAGUGUUUUUUUUGGGCAUGCUUCCGCUGUAAUCACGCCUAUUCCGGAAACCACACGCCACAUUGGAUUUAAAAAAAACUCGCUUGUCCCUCAACUUUAUCGGCGUGGUGAAGACCUUUGAUGCAUACUCUAACCCACUACACCUUUGGGGUGGUUCGCCGAUGUGAACUACAGUUAUUCUCUCGAUUUGUCACCGCAGGCAUACUGACAACGAAAGUCCCCGUUUUUGUAUCUAAUCACUUAUAAAGGUUAGAAUAAAACCAUACAAUUUUGUCCUUGCACAGAAUUCGCACCAUCUAACUUCAGAAUAUCUAAGAUGACGCCCUUCGGCCACGCUCUUUCUGUCCGUAACUAAAUAUCACCCAAAUUUAGAACAAAGCGAAACGAAGGGUUCCUUUUCAAAUCCAGAACUGUCUUCAACAACCACUUUUUUUUUCUCAAAUGCUCGCUGCACAUAACUGACACAUUUUUUUCUACUACUGCCCCGAAAGCAGUGUGGUUUUGCAAUUUUCGAGCCCUCACAAGGGAGCACGUAAGGAUGGACCAGCGGAAAUAUUGCAAAUGCCGCCAACAAAGACAAGGAGGAUUUAAUUACAGUCUUCGGAUAACUAGCCUCCAACUUCUGACCGAAAAGACCUGAGAUUGGAGCCCUGGUCUAGUUAAUCUCCUAGAUUAGAUCAUGGACUACUAAGACGCAUGUGUUCACCCUCUGUUGGCCAAAAUAAUGAAUACCUGGUAUUACGCAGGAGUCGCGUUCUCUGAACUAUUUUGAUUGCCGAAGAAAAAUGGAUGUUCCAUUAUGCCCUGAGCUUCCGUUCUGGAGCCCCUGUGGACGGCUGCAUAACUGACGAUCGGUAAUUGAGAGAGCGGAGUGACCAGAUGGCGUAUUCUUACUUCCUUUUAUCUGGACUAGCAUUCUCAUAGUUGAGAGUUAACAAAGAGACCCAGGCACAAUUCUCUGGCUUACUUGCCUGGGGUUAAAAUAUGACUGGCAGCGACAGCAAGUAAACUAGAACUUCCCAUCACAGUCUCCAUGCAUUUGUGCAUCUUUAAUCGGGGAUUUUUGUGGACGCCUUAGGUAAAGACUACCUGGCCUUGCAACAACCUGCGGUGCCAAGUAAUCAUAGCUCAUUCUGACCCUCUAUCACUCUUGGUCUGGGAAGCGUCUUUAGGUUCUGUCUGCUGGCGCCUUACCGGUCCUCGGUUCUCAACUUUUUUGACAUUUCCAGUCAUGGAUGUGUCUUACAGGGCAAUCGAUGUUAUCCUGCCUGCUAGACCGGCCUCUUCAGGCCGCCCUUGGCCACCCAUGCAAAGGGCGGACCUUAAACACCAAGAUUCGGUUCGUAUGAGGAAGACGAACGUGAUUGUAGUCCAAAGCUGGAAAUAGAUGCAAAGCCGCACCCUUGAUGUGACCCACAGCAUUUUAUCGUCUGAUCUCUCGAGUUACGUGGAGCUUCGUUACCAAUGUUUUCUGACUGAAGUUGACUUUGUCUGUACCCCUCCACGAAAGCAUCGUUAACUGCAGCCCCCCCCCCCCAACUGAUUUACAUGCAUUGUUUUUGGCAUCUUCAGACCAGUUGUCGUCGGGUUGCCGAUCAGGCUGCGCACCUCGUAGACGCCCUACUAAUCUUCAAGACAUGGAUGAUCCAAACUCAGGCAGCCAGCCGCAAUCAGCACCAACACAUCGGAUCUGAUGGAGUCAACUCGCAGACUUCUGUUUCCCCCCAGAGCCUCGAGUUGGCUCUGCGACGGGCGGAACGCGCAGAGAAUGCUGCGAAUCGUAUGCGUGCCGGUUGCCUUGCCAUGCGACGCCAAGUGGAAGUUGGCUUAGGUUAUAGGCGCGAAAUUGAGCGUCUUCGAAACGAGGUGCAAAUGUGCCAGGUAAGCAGCAUCUAACCAACUUACUCUCAUGUCCCUGUCUUCGUUGUCGCAACUUUACUGGUACUGGACUGUUCAGCCCUUGUCGUUACCGGCGAUGUCCACAGUGUGUCCCACAACAGGGUGGGCACAGUGACGGUGACUUGCGCAUAAGUCGGUCUGUAGUGAUGUUAGACGGGUGUGCUGGUACACCUAGAUGCGGGUCCGGCAAGGUAGAUCGGGAUGCUCGUUUCCGGCUUCUUAGCUGUCGUCAGCCAGCCAUGCCCAACCCCGGACUUUGCAAUAUCUGGAGCUCAAACCCGCGUUCUGUUAGUCAGAAGUCCAACGCUCUAGGCAUAGAGCUGCGAGGUCGGUUUCGACCAGGUAAUCAAAUAUGAAAGAUGGGACGUUCACCGAUUGCAUUACGAGACAUACUCGUCUCGCUGUGCCCUUUGGGUCGGUCUAGAGCCCCACAUGAGGCCACAGAGCAGCUGAAUGAUAUUACCGACAGAAACAAAGGGAACUGGGAUGGAUAUUUGAGACUUAUUAGCCGUCAUAUGCUAUCCAUGCUCAACCCCACGUUUACAACUGCAGAUGCUCGAACUCGUAUUCGCCAGGCCCAACGGGACGAGUAUGUCCCGUGCAGCUAUUGGUAAGCGCCCCUCUACCAGAAUGGGAGCGUCACAGAGGUCACACUAAAAGGCGACCAUUGUAGCCUGGCUCUCCAUCCUGAAGGGAGGACCGAGUUACCCCGUCAGCUAGCAGUUCUCCAAGCUACGGUUUUUAUUACAACAUUAUAGUUUAAAAGCGCGUCUGAUUUUGUAUUGUGAGGAAUACGCGUCGGGUGCCCUGGGGUCGAGAAGUCCUCACAGUCAACCCCACUCUCUUUCCUCUCAUAGGCACUAGUCCGUUGUGCGACCCACUCGGUCAUGCGGGGAUUGGGCGCCAGUAGCUGACAGGGCUACAGAGCCUGUCUGCUCGUGCGACGCACGCGACCUGGCCCCCCCCCUCCCCCCCGACAUAAUGCGCCAAGCUUUCACGCAAGAGAGGUGCCCGGCUCGGAUCUCGCACGCGUUAGGGUGCCACGGAGAUCAGAUUAAGGAGCCAAUGAGCCUAACUCUCGUUAGCCGCCACGAACGGCCCCUAGCAAAAGGACCUGCAGAUCACCAUUUUGUCGUCUCUGAGGCCCUCCUUUCAACCUGUCAGAGCGACUAAAAAGGCGACCAAUGUCCUCUUCGCAGUUGGAAGAUUUUUAUUAUAGAUGUAAACAAGGAGCUAUCUGGAAAGGCGAACGUGCUCUGUAAUCAUUUGCUACUAGAAUAUGGAAAUUAGGCGUGGCUACCCUAACUGAAAUAGGGAGGACGACAAAGUAGUGAAGAGAAUAACAUUAUUAUCAUAUAAAUGCUGACUUUAUGCGCACGACCUAUUCACCUAGAGUACAGGCAGAUCCAAGGAUAUCUCAUACAGACCUACUGGAUUGGGAGGAAUGGGGACCGUGUCCUUGCAAAUCGAUGAUUUCGUCGCACUAGUUGCAAUGGGCAACCUCCGUUGGAACUCUCUUAUGCCUCGAGGGCAGUGUCGCACCUGGAUGUCCAUCAGCACCCACUUCUGCAACGAGUUGUCUGUGCGUCAAGCGGACUUCCCGAGGGAGUUAUCUGGUCGAGCACAGCAGAGGCACUUAAACAUGAACUGGACGUUUAUUUACUUUAAAAAUACCACCCAGUUACACAGGAAAACUCUGUUAAGUCAAAUAAACGCCUCGCGCAUACCUAUCGAUAACGCUGAUAUGCUCUAUAUACACAUGUAUAUUUCUGUUUCUCCCAUGCUUUCGCCAGCGGACGAUCGCCAACUACCAGAGCGUAAUUAACGAAGGCACCGAAUUUCGCAAUGAUCUUAAGGCCGAGCUGGAACGUGCUCGCAAAGCCGCCUCAGUGGCACGGGCCCAGCUGGCCAAUGAGUUGCGACGGCGUACCUCCUCCACAUCCUCCUCCACAGCCGCCUCUACUCUGCCCGAGUUUGCCUGUCCCCUUUCGCCGACCUCUAACAGCGGUCUUCGCACUGAAUGCGACAGACUACAGAAGUGGCUUAGCUCCCUCAAGGAAGAAAACCGGCGUCUGGAAGCGUCCCUUGUGGCGAAAACUAGCCAGGUCCGUCGUAUGUGUACUUGUUAUUUCUGUUCCAAACUGCCAUACACCCCUCACAGUUAGCCUUGUUUAUGACCUAUCUAUCUAGUUUCUAUCUACCUCCUUCUGUACCUCAUCCAGUGCUGGAUGAAACGAUAUGUGACGCGUGGCAUUCGUGUGUCUCCUACAAUAGCGUCAUGACGCAUUUAAGUGCUUUGGAAGGUUGUCAACUGAAGGGCUAGCUGUUCUCCGAACCAGAGGUCAAGCUACAGCGGUUUCUACUUAGUGUGUCCUUACGAUAGCCCUCACCACUUUGAUAUUGCGUGGGACCACGUGCUCGGCGCCCGAUGCGUCGAGGCCCGUCUCCAAUCGUCCCAGCCAUGUCUUGCCGUCGGCAUCCGGUGGAUGUGGGACGAAUGAGGGAAGUUGGUGCUAUGCAAGUAUCUAUCACCCCCUUUGUUGCAAUUCGCACGAAGUUGGUGUCCCCCCCCCCCACCCCCCUCCUAGCCCGAUUAUGGUCACCAUCGAAUUGUACAGACGAACUAUCGGACCAUCAGUGUUGUCAGGAACGAUGACGGAUCCCGGCAGUUUUUUAAGUCGUUGAUGAGAGGAAACAUCUUGGUUGUGGAGCGCCCAACAGUCUGCAUAUUUUGGGCUCGACCCGCCUGGCCUUCGUAGGCGUCGAUCCGGCAUGCCGUUCGCCGUUACGUAUCUGUCGAACUGGAGGCCAUAAACCGUGCGUAGAACCGCUACAGAUUUUGACUAGUUUUAGAAAGUAAUGACGAACGAAUUGGACUGAAAAGGAGAUAAGACAACCGGAACGUCAGUUUUAUCCAUCCCCGCAUUCCCAAUUUCCUACUCUAAUUCUACUAGCCAUUGGGCUGGCGGACUUGGACAGUGGACUGGUACCUGAGGGGAAAAGAACUAAGGUCGACUCUGGGAGUCCAUCUCUACGGCACAUCAACACAUUCCUCGCUAUGAUAAAUCCGACGCACUCGAAUUUACUGCGAUGCACUAAACGACGUGGGUUGGAAGACUGUCAACAGACGGAAUUGCACGGUCCUCGUGGUCGUUGAUUGGCUAGUGGACUGCGAUUUAGGUCCACUGACUCCUCCUCCUCCUCCUCCUCCUCCUCCUCCUCCUCCUUAAUUUGCCUAUCAUUAGACUCCAACUGAGGCAGGAUUCCAGCCAUCGAUUUUUGUGAAGACCCAUCGCAUUGUGCGGGAACAAGGCCGUGUGUGGCGCGCGUAGACAGACUUUAAUUUUGCCAGUCACUGCGUCCGAACCUGACCUCGGUCGUCCCGACUCCCUCUUCACCGGACCUAGGUAGGUGAAGGAGGAGAUUGCGUCAGGUGCCGUGCAGGCACGCUGUCAUUAUAGAGUAUCGUCAUCGUUCUGUGCCCAGCCUACCGUAGGCGCACGAUGGACGUACUCGUUUUUUGAUGGUCGAAGUGACGCUCGAAGAAGGUUAUCUGCAUCAGAGGCUCUUUCGAAUCAGCCUCUCUUCCACUUUCCAGAGUUCCUUAUGUCAUGAUAAUGUCAGCCUAAACUUAUCCUUAGAUUAACUCCGACUCUGUAACACACGUCAGUGAUUUUGGCAGCGCGGUAAAAAAUGGGCAUGAUCUCCCUCGUAGUAAUAAAUAGACAUUUUUCACUUCUGUCUUGACUAGGGAACGUGAAUGGUUUGCAAGUUGCGCAGAUAUUCCGUUCUCACUUUGCUGUCAUUUAUAAAAAGAACAAUCACCUAUGUGAGACUGGUAGACAAAGUCGCAUCAAAUUUGCCCACAUGCUUCAGUUAGUUACACAUAGAUUACUGACCUAUGAUAUGUGUGAAGAUGUAUCUUGUAGUGUCGACGGAAAUGUAAACCGGUGUGGCCAAAACCCUUUACGAGGUCAGAAUUUCAGUUGAGUUAGUGGAAAAUCGUCUAACACAAAUAAACUGUACACCCCUUUCUCCUUUUUAGGAGAUAAUUCUGAUCGAAAAACUGGACAGAGUGAGGCAGUUAAUUUCGUCCCAGUUGGCGCAGUUACGUAAACGACAGCGCAGCCGCCGCAGACGUCACGGCCGCGCGUCAUCGCCUACCGGGCUGUUCUGGCUCCGCGAAGUCGCCCUUCUUGUGGGCCUGCCGGAAGCAGAGGUCUCUGAGCUGAUCAAACCCAGUGUCGCCACCACCGCCGCCACCGCCGCCACGGCCGUCACCGCAUCCUCUCCCCUAAAACUCACUCAUUCUGCAGCUCUUGAGAGUGUCCUCAAUGAUUUGAGCACAACUGUCUCUGAUAUCUCCGAUGCCGAUGCCAGCGACGACAUGCAGAGCAAGAAUCACAUGCCUUCUCCACCACCACCAGCAGCAGCACUGGGAGACACCUCGCUUUCUCGCCCCACAGCUCCUAAUCGCCCUCAGUGCAGUCAUCCGCGGCCUGCCUCGAAAUCGCACAAUCUCUCCGACGAUUCAGACGAAGAGCGGGAGAAGGCGGAGGAGGAGAAGACUAGACGGAGAAAGCGGAGACUUCAUGAUCGUAGCACCUCUGCGGCCACAAGGACUCAUCGAUCGACGGCGAUGUCACCUGGUCGUGACGGCUCGGCGGACCGUGGGAAGGGUGGGGCUAAGAAAAGGAGGUGUAGACGGCGGUCUACCGCUUUCGCGGAUACUAGCAAAGACGAAAAAGUUGGGGCGCCUGAAUCACUGCCACUACUACCACCACCACCGCCACCACGGCGGCGCCGACAACGUCUAGACUCCACGGCAUCUGCGGUCAGCUGCCUGAGUACGGUGACAAGCGUAAUGCUGGAAGACAUCAGUCUAGCGGGUCUACAGAAGGCCGACGACUCAGACCUCUCCUUCGUGAUAGAUGAAGCCUCUACUGAGUUUGCCCGCAUUAAGUCACCACGUCGAGUUUCCGGCAAGCUGGCCGAAGAGUCAAUGAAGGAGUCUGAGCUAGCAACCGCCAUUAAAUCAGACACAUUGGGUAUGCGUCUUUGGUACUUGCUCGUCUCCGUCUACGAACAUUAUUUUGCCCACCAGACAUACGCACUAGUGACAACUCUGUAUGACAGUAUUGGGCGGACUUGUAUACAACCUCGAGGCGAUACCGUACGCUGCGUAUUUGACAAAAUCCUGGACGACUUCUUAAUAUAUAUAUAUAUAUAAUAUAUAAGACAUACAUAUCAAUAUAUGUCGAAGUCGAAUGUGUGCUUUGGGAAAAGCACCCAAAGCACACAUUCGACUUCGACGUACAUUUCUUGGGAUGCCUUCCUUCCAAUAUCAAUACAUCCAUAUAUAUAUAUAUAUAUAAUGGUAGGGGCGCUCACCGAUCGUUUAUACGCAACUCACUCUUUCCGUUGUGCCUUACCGGCUCUCUCUCGAGCCCAACCAGCUGCCGCACAGCGGCGCAUGAUAUAGGCAGAAUGGAAUUACCGACAAAGACAAGGGAGACUGGAAUGGCAAUUUCUGGCUUAUUAGCCGUCGUCAGCCAGUCAUACCCAACCCCUAAGUAUAUAUAUAUAUAUAUGUUGAAAAGAGGUAGGUUCUUUGGGACAAGAGGGUUUAUUGCGUAAAUUUUCGACGCUGGUUCCCCAGGUCGUCGUCAGACGCAAGCGGAAAGCAAAUGUGAAAACAAGGAACAGCUAACGUCAAGAGUGCACAAAAAUCGAUACUUGCAUGGCGUGUGCGCCGGUUGGCGGCCGUCGUGCGUCAGUCUGAGCUGGUUGGUUCCCUUCUCUUCCAUUUCUCCUUCAGGUUUCUGUACACGGCAUCCAACUCGAUAUGCCGGUUGA